AUGAGCUCCUUCUCCAUGUCAGAUACUUGGGGUCUACUAUCCACAGAUUACCCAAGUCGUCGACCUUCUUCUCCGAUAAAGAUCCAAAAUCCAUUCCGAGUUCGUCGAGCUUCUUCUCCAGUCAAGAUUCGAUACAAUCCCUCCGAUUCUCGGCCUUCUUCUCCAAUUAAGAUCCGAAUUGCUCGCGAAGUAGCUGUAGCCAGCGAUUCAGACAGCGAUACAGUAUCUGUUGGCGAUGAGAUCGAUAACCUCGGCUCUGCCACUCGUAGACUUGUGAAGCUCCGAUUAGGCGAUGUAUCCAAGGAUCUCCUCAAAACAUUGCCCAAGAAAGUACGCCAUAAGAUCUGGGAAUAUUACAUGAUCCUUGAGUGCUCUCCAGGUGUGAGUCCAAGAGAUGUCUUCCUCACGACUCUUCUUCCGGCACUGGAAAUCAGCCCUACCGUUUACCAGGAUGCUCUCGAGUACUACUUCGAUCAAUUCAUGGUGACCGUCACUUUGGAGGAAUGUGAUAGUCUCAAGUACAUCCGCCCUACGACUAUCGCAUUGAUGAAGCACCUUCAUAUAUACUCCCAGUAAGUAAUCCAUAGCCUUACCUCAAAAACACAGUUUCACUAAUCAGCUAUGCAUAGCGCCGACUUAUGGGGUGUUCCAAAUAGAGAAGCUGCCAAAACCUUCAUACCCUUCCCAAGCGACUACCCCCCUUUUAUAAAACACACCAUCUCGCCACCCCUCCAACUCAGUAACGCCCUUCAUCUCCGAAGCCUCUAUCUCUCCUUCGAGCCCACCGAAAUGUUCGCUCGCAUUUUCCUCGAUCGGCUGCUUCCACCAAAACCUACUCCUCUUCGAACUCUCCAUCUCCGCAUCCGCUUAGAACGUGGACAACCCCCUUACGAAUAUGGCAAAUUUGAAAACAGAGAUGCUUCCAGACUCUUUGAGUAUGUCAAGAGAAAGCUGAAUGACAUGUAUCCGGUUGAUGGUAGGCUCGCUUGGUUUAACCGUAGGGAUUGGUCGUGUAUGGAUGAGGAUUCGCGUGGCAAGAUUUUUGCGAGUGAUAAAUGGUCUUUGACGGAGGAUAAAAAGGAUUUGCCGGAUGGACCUCUUAUUGGUGAUACGAUUUUGACGGGCAUUUAG